UUUCGUAUUUAUGCAAACAUUUACAUAUAUACUUACUUUCGCUCUACUUACCUUUCUCGCUUUUACUUUCGUAUUUACUAUCUCUUACACUUGUACAUACUUACCUCUGUAUAUUUACUGCCACUACAUACUUAUCAUCUUAUGUACUUACCUAUGUAUACUUACCCCUUCUUACUCUCUCAUGUUUCCCCGGUUCUUCUCCUGCUUAAUACUUCUAAGUUAAGCCGUUAGGUUAGGCAGUAGGUUAAGAAUAUGAAAUGAAGAAUUGUAAUAAACACUCGAAUUGUAAUAUCGGAACCGUGCGGUCAUUAUUUGUCCUCCCAGGCAACUAAAUCGGAAAUAAUUUGGUAGUGUUUCGCGCUCCUCUAACAGUGACAAGAACUGAUAAAAAAAGGUACAAACCAACUUAACACAAAAUAGUGUUGAAUUUUUCAUGGCGCCCGAGCAGGGACCUAGUGCGAAAUACACAUAACAAAUAAGAGAAUUUGCUAAAUUAUUAAAAGCAAAGGCGAUUAAUUGUCAUACAAAGUGAUUUGGACAAACUGUUGAAAUAAGAGGUCCUUAAUUACUAAAAAAUUUAAACUCAUUUGAUACAAUACAUCAAUAUACGAGUACAUAUAACGUUUAUUUAGUUGCCUGCGCGGUCCGUGACAGUCAGUCGUCUCGCAUAACAAAAAUACAAACACACAAACCAUAAAAAUAAGCAAAGAACAAAGAGAGUGCAGUGACAGUGGGCCGUAGUGCAUAAAACACACAAAAAUUAAAAUUAAGAAUAAUUUCAAAAAAAAUAUAUAUAGACAUAUAUACAAGCACAAUUAAAAGGCAUACGGCUGUUAAAAACGAAAUUUUACACACACAUAAAUAAACAAAAAAUAUCUCGCAAAACGGAAUCAAAUAAACUUACCACUAAAAAGUUUCCGCUGGAACUGCUACUUAUUUUUAUUGUAUACAUACUUACCUACCGUUGGAGCUGCUGCUUACUUUCUGCGUUGGAACUGCUACCUUGGAUACUAGCCUAAGAUUUGCUGUGUUACUGGGAAGCUGCAUAAAUUUACCGCUGCAUCGUUGGACAUCGCGGGAAUGAACUGCGAGUGUAUCGUCUGCAAGAGGGAAGUUAAGGCUGGAAACAAACCGGUCCAUGAUAAACAGGUUCAUUGGUCGCCGGGGGAUACCAGCCAGGAUACAUUGCGACAACGCGACGAACUUCGUCGGAGCGGAGAGGAAGCUGAGGGAGCUUCGGGAGGCCUUUCUGAAGCAGAAGCCGGAGAUUCUCCAGUUCGCCGCCGACGAAGGGUUCACGUUCGCCUUCAUACCUCCGAGGGCGCCCCACUUCGGCGGGCUGUGGGAGGCAGCAGUGAAGUCGGCGAAACAUCUGCUAGUUCGCGCCGUAGGCAACGCGCUGCUAACCGCCGAAGAAAUCGUAACGCUGCUCGUCGAGAUCGAAGCAGUGCUCAACUCGCGCCCACUCGCACCGCUCAGCAGCAACCCCAACGACGGCGAAGCGCUAACUCCCGCGCAUCUACUAAUCGGAUGCCCCUUGCGAGCUCUGCCACCGGAGAAAGUGCCCGACAGUCCCAGCCGCUGCUUAGACAGAUGGCAGCUUGUUUGCUUUCACAAGCAGCAGUUUUGGCGCGCGUGGUCGAAGAGCUACCUGUUGGAGCUCCAGCAGCGCAACAAGUGGGCCCAACCGCAGCCCAACGUCGAGCCAGGCCAACUCGUCGUCGUCCACGAGGACAACGUUCCACCGCAACAGUGGGUGCUAGGCAGAGUCACCAAAACAACUACGGGGGCAGAUGGCAAGGUGCGCGUCGCAGACGUCACAACUAAGUCUGGAGUCAUACGACGGCCUAUCCACAAACUAGCCGUGCUACCUAUGCCGAAUGAUUGAAGGACUAGAUCCCUUCAAGGUGGCCGGUGUCGAAGCAGAACUAUAUACAUACAUUAGCUAUAUAAACAAAAUAAAAAUUGAAAUAUGAAUUGUAUUUGA